GAAAGAGUUUGGGUUUUGUGAUAUUCCAAAUUUGUUAUAUUGUAAACUCUCGAAGGGCAGGAAAGGAUGAGUUAUAUGGGUAAUGUAGUUGUUACUGUGAAACCCAAAAAGAAAGAAGAAUUUCCUUGGGUCGAAAUCAUAUAUCUCAAGUUUGCUAGCGUCGAAUUGGAUUCGAAUGGACAGCCAAAGGAAUUUAUCAAAUGUGAGGCUCAAUUACAAGAAGUUGAUGAAUCGGUGGAGUACAAGAAGUACAAAGGUGAGAUUAAGGUUGCUGAAGGUUUUGGGGAGAUUGGAGCAGUGAUUGUUGAACUGCAAGAAGGUGUGAAUGAGAGGUUUAUCGACACCAUUUCUGUUGUGGCCGAAGAGCCUCCAAUCUCGGUUACGUUUAGCUGCAAAUCAUGGGUGCAACCCAAGGGUCUUAUUGCCCACCGAAGGAUCUUCUUUUCUUCCAACAAGUCUUAUUUGUCGGGAAAAACACCAGGAGGACUGGUGAAGCUGAGAGCAGAAGACCUUGCAAAUCUGAGAGGCGAAAAAGCAAAUGGAUCAGUAGAUAGAAAUGAGCGUAAGGCGUUUGAAAGAAUUUAUGAUUACGACUUGUACAACGACCUCGGAGAUCCCGACCAAUCAAUGGAUUUGAAAAGGCCUGUUCUUGGUGGUUCAGAGGAUCAGUAUCCUUAUCCUCGACGUUGUAGAACUGGUCGUCCUCCCAGUCAAAAUGAUCCAGCAUCAGAGAAAAGGAUUGAAGAAUGGUUUUAUGUUCCACGAGACGAAGAAUUUUCAGAGAUAAAGCAAAGUAGUAGUCAACCAGAUGGGAACAAGAAAUUAUUGGGAAAAGUUCCUUUCUCUGACCUCCCUGAACUUGACAUUGAAACGCCUUUCGCUGCUUCCAAAAUUAAUCUUCAAUUUAAUAUAUCAUCCUUAGUUUCCUCUCAUCGACCACCUGCUCUAUCUUCAUCAGAUGUGCCCAGUAGUACUCUCGUUGAACUUCCACCACCAGAGUCCUACAAGAGGGACCAAUACAAUUGGCUGAGUGAUAUUGAAUUUGCUAGACUCACACUUGCUGGUCUAAACCCUUACUCUAUACAGCUAGUCAGAGAUUUGCCGUUUAAGAGUACCCUUGAAGAGAGCGAUUAUGGACCUCGACAAUCAAAAUUCACUCCUGAACGAGUUCACGAAUUACUUGGAUGUCGCAUCACAGUUGCCAAGGCAUUAGUAGAUAAAAGAUUAUUUGUAUUGGAUUACCAUGAUACUUUACUGCCAUAUGUAAGAAAAGUAAGAAAAAUUAAGGGCACGACACUAUAUGGAUCAAGGACCUUGUUCUUCCUCAACUCUGAUGGCACUUUGAUGCCACUGGGUAUUGAGCUGACUCGACCUCCAAUGGAUGGACAUCUUGAACAAUGGAAAGAAGUUUUCACACCAGGCACUGAUUCAACGGAUGUGUGGCUAUGGAGGCUUGCGAAAGCCCACGUCCUUUCUCACGAUUCUUGCAUUCAUCAACUUGUUAUUCACUGGCUGAGAGCUCAUUGUUGUAUGGAGCCAUAUGCCAUCGCUACAAAUAGGCAAUUAAGUACAAUGCACCCAAUCUAUAGACUAUUGCAUCCUCAUUUUCGGUAUAAUAUGCGCAUAAAUGCAAACGCUCGUAAAAACCUCAUUAAUGCCGGAGGCAUCAUUGAAAGAACAUUUUCUGCUGCAUCUUAUUCAGUGGAACUUAGUUCUUCAGCGUACAAGGAGUGGAGAUUUGAUAAGCAAGCACUCCCUGAGGAUUUAAUUCACAGGGGAAUGGCGGAAAUAAAAACAGAUUCAUCAGGUCGUGAUGUUUUUGAGUUGACCAUCAAGGACUACCCUUUUGCUAAUGAUGGUCUCCUAUUAUGGAAUGCUCUCUUGGAAUGGGUGACAGAAUAUGUGAACCACUAUUAUGGAGAUGAUAAGUAUGCAGUAAAAAAUGAUAAAGAGCUACAAGCUUGGUGGGAAGAAAUUCAAAAGAAAGGGCAUCCAGAUAAAAAAACAGGAUGGCCUGCAUUAAGAACUCGAGACGAUCUCAUUAAGAUUGCAUCAACCAUAGCAUGGGUAGGAAGUGGGCACCACGCAUCUGUCAACUUCCUUCAAUAUGCAUAUGGAGGCUAUAUGCCCAACCGACCCAGUAUUGCAAGGACCAACAUGCUCACAGAGAACCACAGUGACAAAUUUUUAAAAGACUUCAUAAACCAACCUGAAAAGAAGUUGCAUGAACUCUUUCCUUCAGAUGCUCAAGCUGCCCUAGUGAAACAGACUAUGUUUUUAUUGUCAAUUCAUUCUCCUGAUGAGGAGUACAUUGGGGAUGCUAUAGAGCCAGCCUGGGCUCUCGACCCGUCCAUAAGUGAGGCCUUCGAAAAGUUUAAAGCCAACUUAACGGUUCUAGAAAAGAAGAUCGACGAGCUUAAUCAGAAUAAAGAUUUGAAGAAUAGGUAUGGAGCUGGGAUUAUACCUUACGAAGUGAUGAAACCACGUUCAAAGCCUGGAAUAACUGGAAGUGGAGUUCCAUACAGCGUCUCCAUUUAAACAUAACCUCUCCAUAUUAAUUUCCUCUCUUUUCAUUCCUACCAAUAACAUGGAUUUUUCCAUUUUGUUUGUGUGUGCUCUUUCUUCUUGCAGUUUUUUCCUCUAAAAAUAAAAGACAUGUCAGUCUAUUUUAUGUAUGUGGGCGUCUCGUUUACGUCCAAUAUGUCACUGUUAUUCCAUGUUUUUAAUUAUAAAAUACACCAGGAAGCAAAUGCAUGCUUGACUUCUUC